AACCCUUUUGCCUUGAAGGCGCCAGAAGCCUCUCAAUUCAUCUACAAAUACCACCACCUUCUUCAUUUCCACCAUCCCAACACUUUCUUUCACGAUCUUAAUUUAGUGUUCAAGCGUUUCCUAACUUUCCUUUGCAAAUAUGUCGAUAAUUCCAAGCUUCUUUGGUAGCCGGCGAUCCAGUGUCUUUGAUCCCUUUUCUUUAGACAUUUGGGAUCCCUUUGACGGUUUAUUGACCUCCUCCCUAUCUGAUGUUCGGGCAACUGUCCGUGAAACCACCCCCAGAGUUGACUGGAAGGAGACCCCAGCAGCUCACAUUUUCACGGCGGAUCUUCCAGGGUUGAAGAAGGAGGAGGUGAAGGUUGAGGUGGAAGAAGGUAGGAUUUUAAAGAUCAGUGGAGAGAGGAGCAGCGAGAAAGAGGAGAAGACCGACAAGUGGCACCGUGUGGAGAGGAGCUCCGGCAAGUUUCAGAGGAGUUUCAGAUUGCCGGAGAAUGCAAAGGUUGAUGAGAUGAAGGCUUCAAUGGAGAACGGAGUGUUGACUGUGACUGUGCCAAAGCAGGAGGUGAAGAAGCCUGAGGUGAAAGCCAUUGAUAUCUCGGGUUGAAGGUUAAGUAAUUGAGUGUCUUCAUGAAUGGGAUGGAAUAUGGAUGUCUUUAUAUUGAAUAAAAAAAAUAAGAUUUAAAAUAUGUGUGCAUGGAAAAUGGGAAUUAAGGAGAUUGUAUGAAAACAUAAGUUAAAAGUUUGUAAUUUGUUCUGUAAUGAAAUAAAUUUGCUUGCGUUUA